UUCUUGGUUAUGAAAUUUAUACCUUAAAACUUUCACUUUUGAAAUUUGAGUGCAGUUGAUCAUUUUCAGCAAUAUCAGUGAGAUCAAUGGGACGUUCGAGUAAUAUUUGUUUGUAUUUUCCUAUUGGGUGACUGAUGUGAAGAUCCAGAUUCUCCCUGUUUGUUUGCUCUGCAAAUUAGUGGCCCAAAGAAGAACUUUAGGUCUGAUUAAUCAAAAGAAGAGAAAAUGGAAACUUUAGGUCCAGUGACCCUGAGAAUCAAGAGCUCCAGUAUGUUUAAAAUCUUUCAUUUGUUUGUUCGAUCAUGUGUUUCUUUCACAAACAUAGGGUUUAGGUUGCGCACGACUCUGUACACAGUUUCUAGGGUUUUGGGAUCACUUGGGAAUUGUGGAGCAGUGAUUUUGAUUGCUAUUAGUGCUUAUGUAAUGAUUUUGUAUUGUGCGAAUCUCUUCAAUUUCUUUAAUUUUUGAAGUUUAGGUCUUAUUCAUUUCAUUGGAAGAAUCCAGAGGUUCAUUUAGUUGUAGGAUGUGUUAGAUUUUAACUGAAAUUAUUCUUUACAAGCAACUAUUAAAAGCUGUGACAGACUAUAUACUUUUUAUUUGUCCAUUGACACAAAAAUUUGAAGCAAUGAAAGUGAAUUUCGAUGUCCUCAGUUUAUGUUUUUUACCUUUUCUGAAUUCUUGUUGCUUUUUAGAGUUGUUGGAAUCUAGCUAUAUGGUUUUCCUCAGAGAGCAUCGGUGGUUUCUUGUUUGUGUAUUACAUUCUUUUGCAAACUAUAUUUUAUAGGCAAUUAGAUUUUAUGAAAUUGGCAGAGAUUGACUCAAAGAGAAUAAAUGGUAUACUUCCAUGACUGCAAUAUCCAUGUGUAUGAGUGAUUGAGGUAUUCUGAGCAACUGUUCUUUGUGGUAGUAAGCCACUGGUGGCAUUGUAUGUCUAUGUAUUUUUUACCUAUCUCAUUGGGGCAAUUAAGAUCUUUAUUAUAGAAUAUAAUGUAAAAUGAAAGAGAAAUAUAUCUUUCGAACAAAAAGCAUGAAAGAGACAUGUAGAAGGAUUUUCCUUGAUAACAACAAUAUCCUUUUCUUUGUCUAGCUAGAUCCCUAAUGCACCAUUGUGUAUCCUUAGAAGCGAAUUUUUCUCAUAUGUUAGAAGGCCAUGACAUAGAGAAGUAUGCUACGGCAACAAUCUAGUGUAUUUUGAUUCAUAUACUCAAAUGUUUGGAGGAAGCAACAGAGAGAAGAGUUGUAUCACUGAAGAAUUGCAUGUCUACUAUGAUUUGCCCAGGAACUUUACUUAACAUUCUAGGAGGUUAUCAAAUACAGAAAUCCAGAAUUUCUUUAACAUUCCAGCAGAUUAUCAAACACAGAAACCCAUAACUUCUUGCAGUAACUUCUUUCUUCCCAUCAAAGGGGAACUUCCAAUUUACAGUUCAUGAUUUAACAUCCGGUUAUCAAACAGGCUUAAAAGUACAUCUAUAAAGAGUUCUCCUGGGGUGAAUAUGAGUUUGAAUAACAGGAAGUGUGUGAAAAAGGGACCCUUGAUAGCUACAAGAUCGGUGCCAUUGUCAAAACUUGGUAUUUGAUCAUUUAAAUCCCGAAUUGUUUUUUGAGGUUACAAAACUGCGUUAAAAAAACAAAGGAACAUGAAUUGCUCGAAGUUUGUGUUGUCCCUUUGGGCCAGUUGCUCUCUUCUUAGAGUGCGAGUUAGGGUUUUCUUUUUAGGGCGGGACCAUGGUGGGAAAGAGAAAUGGAAGGGAGAUGAGGUUUUAAUCAGGGUUCUUUAUGCUAUCAAACUCCGCUGGUGCAUUGAUUUCUGGAUCCCGGAAUGCAUUGAGAAAAUUGCAGUUGAUUCUAUUUGACUUCAGAAACACGAUCCUGCAGAAUUAAUACUUGGAAUGUUGCUUGAAAUGUGUGUCGUAAUUGAGUCUCUGACUUAAUUUUGUGUGGAGAUGUUAUUCAAAUCCAAGAUCAAAUGGGUCGCUCUCUUUGGACUGGUCUUAUCGAUGGUAUCUCUGCUAGUUCAUCUUCUUCUAGCCAAGUACUCAAGUGGAUAUCUGGUGCAAAACACAAAAGCUAUCUUCAGACCAGAUUUUGUUCAUAUGUCAGGGGAGAAGCUUCAUCAUUAUUCGAAGCUAUGGGGCCCAAUUGGUUCAGUAGAGGCAUUGCAUCCAUAUGCAAAUCCGAGAGGCAGAUAUUAUGGCCCAAUGGAGAAAAACAACGGGUUCAUAUAUGUGAAAAUCUACGGGGGCUUUGCAAAUAUAAGAUCUUCGAUCUGCGAUGUUGUUGCCGUAGCCAGGUUUCUAAAUGCUACCCUCGUCGUUCCAGAAAUUCAAGAAACUACUCGCACCAAAGGCAUCAGUUCCAAAUUUAAGAGCUUUUCAUAUCUUUACAAUGAGGAGCAGUUCAUAGCAGCACUUAAAAGUGAUGUGAUUGUGAUAAAGAGCCUGCCCCAAAACCUUAAGGAAGCCAGGAAAAGAAAUAAGUUCCCUACUUUCUUUCCCAAAUAUACAGAAUCUCCAAGUUUUUAUAUUCAAGAGGUCUUGCCAAAGUUAAAGGAGAGAAAGGUUAUCGGACUGGUGAUUUCUGAUGGAGGAUGCCUUCAGCCUAUCCUCCCCUCUAGUUUGGCCGAGUAUCAAAGGCUCAGGUGCAGGGUUUCAUUCAAUGCACUUCACUUCCGUCCUGCUAUUCAGUUCUUGGGACAGCGGAUGGUAAAGAGAUUGCAAUCUUCUGGGCAGCCUUAUCUGGCAUUCCACAGUGGCCUAGUGAGAGAUACUCUGGCAUAUCAUGGGUGUGCGGAGCUAUUCCAGGAUGUCCACACGGAGCUCAUACAAGCCCGGAGGGCUCAGUUAAUCAAACGUGGCUUUGUUCAUGGUGAACUUAGUGUGGACUCCUGGGAACAGAGGAGGAAUGGGUCUUGCCCUCUCAUGCCUGAAGAGGUUGGGCUUCUCCUUCGAGCAAUGGGCUAUCCGUUGAGCACAAUAAUAUACUCAUCCGGUGCAGAGGUGUUCGGUGGGCAGCGUAUGUUGAUUCCUGUUCGAGCCAUGUUUGGCAAUCUCAUCGACCGAUCCUCUCUGUGUAGUCCUCAAGAAUUAUCUGAAUUGUUUGGCCCUGAAACUCCCAUUGCUUCACAUCCGCCUCCAGCUCCACCAAAUUUGAGCGAGGAUAGAAUUAGGGAGUGGAAAAAUGCGGGGCCUCGACCAAGGCCUCUGCCUCCACCUCCAGGUAGGGCCUUUUAUCAGCAUGAGGUUGAUGGAUGGUAUGGGUGGGUUGCUUUGUCCGAUAAAGAACCAGAUCCUUCGCCUUUGGAUAUGAGACUGCAAGCACAUAGGCUAAUAUACGAUGCUCUUGAUUAUAUAAUUUGUGUUGAGGCGGAUGCAUUUUUCCCUGGCUUCAGUAAUGAUGGGAGUGGAGGGCCGGAUUUUGCAAGCCUUGUCAUGGGCCACCGUCUCUUCCAGUCAGCAUCUCUUAGAACUUAUCGGCCAGACAGGAAAAUUCUGGUGGAGCUAUUUGAGGGUAUCCGUGACCAUGUAUACACUCCAAGGCACAAUUGGACAGUCUCGAUACGUCAGCAUCUCAAUGAGAGCGCGGGUGAGAAAGGUUUAAUUAGAGAAUCUCAGCUUUUCAAACGUUUUUCAUUCCUUGCCCACCCCUUACCAGAAUGCUUAUGUCGAGCAUCUAAAACUUCUGGAAAACGUACUAGAGAAACUGCUGGAAAUUUUACCCACAUGGAAAGUAGCAGUCUGUUGCAUAGUGUUGAGGACGAAUGUCCCCAUUGGAUACAAGAACUUGUCAAAACUCAGGCGAAAGUGACUGACACUGAUGAAGAUGACUCUGAUGAGGGAGAGUCACUGGAAAAUCAAGAAAGCGAAGAAGGUUCACCAGAAUCUGAUGAGGCGUUUUCUGGCCGGUCAUCCGAGCAGGAUGACGAGAUGGAUCCUGACGAUUAGUGGAAUGGCUGGUUUGAAUUUUCCUAUUACAUGGAACCAGAAUAGUCUGGUUUUUUUUCCAUGCCCUCCUUCCAUGGCAUUUUUUGGGGCCGCACUGAGAGUGAGCGAGGAGAGAGAGGGGGCAUGAUGUGCGGCUGCACAGGAAUUCUUUUUGUACCAUUGCUUGUAAAUCCAGAGAGAGAGAGAGAGAGAGAGAGGGGCACGGGGAGGGCAAAUUAGUUUUGGGGUGUGCUUUCUUGAGGGCCUCCAGCCAAAGGUAUACCAUUUGUGUGGCCUGUGAAAAAUAUAGGACUAAUUUUUUCUGCAAUUUGAUUGUGAGGUGGUGUUUCUCAAUUCGAGUAGUGAAAUUGGUUUAUGGCGAGCUUCGGCACGAAGUGCUUGUCUUUGGAAUUUCAGGACCUAUAUAACAUGGUCGGGGUUUUGGUGGUGUAA